AUGUAAACGCCUCCGCCACCCAGAUGAAAUUAAUAGGAAAAACUACAAAAAAACGUUUUCCCGAUAACUAUUUGCCUGUCAUACACAGCGGAUACUAUUCUACAAUCCAUUUUAUACCGUGAUCAUAUUGUGUUAAUCAAACUUGGUCAUAAUGUCUGCUGUAACUGAUGACACCGAUGAGAACACUAAAGAAGAAAAACCACCAACUGCACCUGAAUUCAAGGCCCCUACCUUUAGACUUCCUGUCAAGAAAAAGAUCAAAUCAAGUACAGAGGCAGACAAGGCAUUCAAUCCCCAGCCACCUGCUCCUGUCCCAGAAAAUGAUGACAAAUCAAAAAUAGAUGCUGAACAAUCUGAGACAAACAGUUCAGACAGUACAUCAGAAACAAAUAAAGCCCCAUCAGCUCCUAAGGUGGACAAUAAGCCAGCCCUUCCUCCUGCUGAAAGGCAGCAUCAAUCCAACCAUGCUGCUGUGCCAUAUACAGAGCCCAUCUGGGGCUCAGCAUGUAAGGAAAAGUUUUCAUUCGAAGUGAUCAAGAAUGGGGCUGUGAUUGACAAUGUUGACCUCACCACCCAGAACUUUCAUGUGGUUGGACGUUUACCCAGCUGUGACAUUCCCAUGGAACAUCCGUCGUUAUCAAGGCACCAUGCAGUUAUCCAGUACAGUGGUGGGUCCGCAGAUUUUGCCCAGGGGUGGUACCUGUAUGACCUUGACAGCACCCACGGAACCUGGAUCAACAAAAACAAAGUCCCGCCCUCAACAUUCCACAGGCUACAUGUGGACUAUGUAUUGAAGUUUGGAGGUAGCACCAGGUUGUUUAUUCUGCAAGGCCCUGACAGUGACAGACAAGAAGAAUCAGAAUUAUCUGUGAAGGAAAUGAAGGAGCAGAGAGAUAAACAGCAGAAGGAAGCAGAGGUUCUUCGCCAGGCAGAAAUAGAUGAGUCAGAAAGAAAGGCUGAGCUUAAUAGGCAGAGAGAGGAGCAAAAGGGUUGUUCUUGGGGAAUCGAUGAGAACGAUCCUGAAGAGGAAGAGGAAGAAGAAAGUGCUGUGAACCCUUUUGCUGAACUUGAGGCUGAAAAUGAGUAUCUGUACAUUAAUGAUCCCAAGAAAGCAUUGAAUCAUUACUUUGAGAGAGAAGGCCUGGAGUUGCCAGAAUAUGAGUUUCAUGAAGCGGGGUAUGGUAAAUGGAAGUGUACUGUUGAGUUGCCAAUUGAUGGUCCGAAUGGCGAGCCCGUGAUUGCAGAAGUAGUGGUAUCAGGUAAGAAGAAAGAAGGGGUGAUUGCUUGUGCACUUGAGGCAUGUAGGACUCUUGAUAGACAUGGUGAGCUCAGGAAGUCUGCGCAGGAAAGCCGUAAACGAAAGGGUAAGAACUGGGAAGAUGAUGACUUUUAUGAUAGUGAUGAAGAUACUUUUCUGGACAGGACUGGUGCUAUUGAGAAAAAGAGGGAGUUGAGAAAAAAGAAGGUUGGAAAAAGUGAGCAGCAGACAACAGAAACUUAUGAUUCCCUGUUAGAGAAGCAUACCAGUGUGGCUGAAGAAAUUCAGAGUAUAGAAGCUAAGCUGGAACAAGCCAAGGCCCAGGCAGCAGCUAUGGACAGUGACGAUGUGGAUGCUCUAGAUGCUUACAUGUCUGCAAUUAAAUCAGGGAUGAUGGACACAAAGACUAAGAUGAAACUGAAGACUCAGCUGAUGGAGUUGAAACAACAGGAACAGAGAUUAAGAAAAUUGGUAAACCUAGCGAAACCAGCAACAUUGCCGGAAGUGUCUGUUAUGAAACCGGAUUUAAAGAAAAGUGUGUUGACUGCUCAAGUGGGGAAAAUGAAGGGACCGAGUGCUGGAAAGGUGGUGAGAAAACCUGUUACAAGUAUAGCUAAGAAAGAACAAAUGUUGAAAGAAAGUGAAGAUGAAAGUGAAGAGGAAGAGGAGGAAUCAAUGGACAUUGAAACAUCUGCAGUGGAGAAAACUAAUCAAGUUAAAGAAACAAAUAAAAGUGCUCCAAAGAAUGCAUCAGUGAAAACACCAGAGGCCCCAAAGUUGAUUGAAACUAUCAAUGUUAAUAUAAAAGAAAAAAUCCCUUCAGUCGCUAGUGCUUCAAAGAAAAAAGGACCAUCCAUGCCUCUCUCAGCUGUGCUUGAAAAACUACAAGAAGAAGCUGAUAGAGCUGAGAACUCUACUGGUAAAAGAAAAUCAGACUCUAAUAGGAACUUGGAAGGUGGAAAAAAGUUGAAAGGGGAUAAUGACUAUUCAACUGAAGAUCCAGAUUAUGCUGUGUGGCUCCCCCCUGAAAACCAGUCAGGAGAUGGCAAAACUCAUCUUAAUGAAAAACUGGGAUAUUGAAUUGCUUGAUUCAUUGAAUUGUUGUUUAUCAUUUAAUUAGAAUAUGGCUGAAACGUUACUCUAUAAUAUAAAGAUUUUCUCAAAUGAUUAAAACUUUAAAAUAUUAAAAGCUGGAUACAUGUA